CCCUCUCUAUACCCCAGAGAGAGGGGAAUGCUGUGUGAAUGUAUAAUUGAUGUUGUCCUCCUCAGUAUUCUGCAGUGAGUCUCUGCACACUGACUGUCAUCAUCAUGGAGGCUCUGCAGCAGUGAGCAGCACAACACCAGGCACCUCCAUCUUCUUUUAGCCUUUAUACUCCUCUCACGUCGGUGAUCUCUCUGCAGAAACACCACCGAAAACACCAAGAUGAAGCAUUUUCUGAGGGUGGUGACGCAGUUCUUCGUCUUCCUGUACUGUAAGUGUUUGUGGCGAGGACUGAAGUUCGUCACCAGGAAGCUAACGGGUCGCUGCGAGCUGCAGAGGAUCUGCUACAACAACAAGCAUGGAGCCCGCAGGACCCUGAAGAUAGAAUCAUCUCUGCGGUGUUCCAAAAAUACGCUGCUUCAGUCUGCGCUCAGCGUUCAUCCUGAUAAAGUGGAGAAGACCAUCGAGGACAUCAUGGCGCUGAAGAAGAUCAACCCUGACACCAACCCACAGUGA